CUGCGAAGGGUUUGCGCCUGCAAACCCUAACCUAACCAGAGUGAACGCGUUUUAUAACUAACAUUCAGUUGUAUUUUCCGUUUUUAUGUAUGAGUAACGCAGGGCUUGAUACAAAUUCUUCAGACUUUUUAUCUUUGAUGGGACUCAAAAGAGUUUUUCUGUUUGGCGCAGUUUUGGCAUUUUUGUGGUACGGGCACCAUCGAUGGUUCAAAGAAAAGGAGAAAUUCCCUAUCCAAGAAACAGCGAAUACUCAGGAAAGAAUACCAAUAGAACACGACGAGAGGUUGGUGUGAGGGCGAGUGAAAAGAGACUAAGGCGCAUAUACGAGAGAACCUAAACAUCACAAGAAACUUAAAAAUGACAAAGCAAAGAUGCAAGCCUUAGAGAGCAUUCGACGUCAUCGACAUAAUAUAUGAAAGGAUGUAGAUAUAGCACAAGCAACGAUGCGAGCCUUAGAGAGCAUUCGACGUCAUCGACAUAAUACAUAGAACGAUGUAGAUUUUUUAAUAGCAUACAUAGCACCUUGAUUGAAAAACAAUUAAAAAUUAAACAAACCGGAUACAGUAAAAACCCGCGUACAAAACAAGUGGAUUAAGAGCACCCAGGCCUGGUUUUAGGAAAUAAAAUACCAUUUAUAUAAGAACACAUUUAGCCUGAAAAAUGAAAGUUCUUAUAUUGAAAAAUACCAAAUAUCCAUGCACUGCUUUCAAUUGCUUACAAUGAAUGGGGGGAGGGUGAUAAAAAACAGAGAAAAUCAAAAGCAGUCAGUAGAAUACAAAUGUCCAUGGCAGCAGAGCGUCGAACUCACCUUGCAUCAGCACAAAGAACUGAGAUGUGUGCCAGCCUUUACCCACCCCGUCCCCUCUUAGGUACACUCGGACACAUACCUUGUAGCCCUAUUACGUCAUCUAUUCUGUUCCUUAAACAGCACUUGUCAGCCACCCUUAUUGUUAUUUGAUCUCGGAUAUAAUGUGCUAAAACUUGAAUUGAAGACUUUAUUUGCCAAUUUCAAUUUAGCUUCCCCAAAUCAGCCGAUGGAAAUGGAUGCUUUUUUAUUGUACUUUGCUAGGAUGACAAAAUGGCGGCUUACAGAGGCUGUUUAAGAAAAAAGUCCUUCGAUUCUUACAUUACCACAAAUGCUUACAUUAAGCGGCGGUUGUUACAUUAAGCGGCGAUACAGCCUCAGCUCACCUCGCGUCUGCGUUAAUUUCUAGAUAAUUCUCCCCUAUGCCUCGCUCGUGUAAUGUAAUCCGCCCACUCAUUUGCAGGAUUGGAAACCAAAAUUUAUAUGGUUCAUAACUAGACAAAGUGUAUCAGUUAUCAGUGUCAUUCCUACAGAAUGGAGUGUGCAGUUGUGUUUUUCAUGCUUGUCUUCGCGACCUUCCAUUUAAAAGUUGCUUGCCUCUCCUGUAUUUUCUGCGUUUCACCUUCAAACCCCGCAGCCUGCACAGACGAGUUCGAAAUCGGCUGUUGGUCGGGUAUGCAGUGUUUCUGGGCGGUUGGCCGAGUGUGGAAUGGUUCCGAGACCGUGAUAGUUUAUUCCAAGGGAUUUGCGCCAUGUCACACUAGGCAGAUUGCCUGCAACUAUAUCAACAGGACAAUCUCUGACAUCUGGUCAAAGGACGCUUACCUCGUUGACUGUAACCUUAAGUGUUGUGCUGGGCUCAACUGCAACGCGGGAGGAACAUUCCCUUCAAUUCCACCGAGCAGUCCACCCCGAACAACGCCACACCCGACUGCGCACACCACCCCCCACACAAUACCCGCUGCUGGACAUACCUGGAGAUGUGCUUACUGCGCAUGGUCUGUUUGGUGGACCGCACUCCUAUUAGCUAUUAACACGUGCCUUUAUCAGUAAAAGCAUCAUUCAAAACA